AAAAAAAGUAUAAAGAGAUUUAACGUCCGAGCAGCACCUCCGUCGACAUCACCGCCGGAGCUCUCGCGCGCCUCCCGCUCGCGCCGAGCCACGGCAGUGGUGACGUCACCCGCGCAUUGGCUCGCGCUGGCUGAGAGCGAGAGCUCGAGCAGACCGAGAGAGAGAGAGAUAGAGAAAGAGAGAGGGAGAGAGAGCAGCAGCAGCAGCAGCAGCAGCAGCCCGGGCCCACGGACAAAAACUCGCCGAAAAGGAUUUACAUUCGCUACGUAUCGUCCCACCAAUCCGAGUCUGCAAAGAGAGCGCGUUUUCCUGCUCCCCUAAAGCCCGAUCUGUCAGGAGUUGCAGCAAGAUCUAAUUGCCCCAUUCCCGUUGCAGCGUGCUGUCAUCCUACUUCUUGUAAAGACGAACUGUUCUAUUUUUGGACGAGGGCCGUGUUGUCGUGGAGGUAGCGGAGAGGAGAUACGCCGGGCAGUGGGACUCGAUGAAAGAUGACAGAGGAGGUGAUUGUUAUAGCUAAGUGGGACUACACAGCUCAGCAAGACCAGGAACUGGACAUCCGGAAGAACGAGCGCCUGUGGUUGCUGGAUGAUUCCAAGACCUGGUGGAGAGUCCGCAACGCAUCCAACCGCACCGGCUACGUUCCCUCUAAUUAUGUUGAGCGCAAAAACAGUCUGAAGAAAACCUCACUAGUGAAGAACCUGAAAGACACUCUCGGCCUUGGAAAAACGAAAAGGAAGACUAGUGCUCGUGAUCCAUCUCCCACACCCAGCACAGAGGCAGAGUACCCAUCCAAUGGCAGCGCAGGAGGAGGUGGAGUGGGCGGGGCCGAGCGGAUCUAUGACCUGAACAUUCUCGCUCUGGUGAAGUUUUCUUACGGAGCUGAGCGUGACGAUGAACUCAACCUCAUAAAAGGGGAGAGGGUGGUCGUGAUGGAAAAGUGCAGUGACGGCUGGUGGAGGGGUAGCCAUGACGGCCGUGUAGGAUGGUUCCCAUCCAACUAUGUCCAAGAGGAGAUGGGAUAUGCAGACCACGAUAGCGUUUUUGGGGACUCGUUGGGGGGCUUCCGGUCCUUGAAAGUGGGGCAAGGCGCAGCGAUGGCCAACGGUCGCCCUGGAGGCUCUGGGACCUCCAUUCUGCAUGUGGUCCAGACUCUGUACCCCUUCAGCUCUGUCACAGAGGAGGAACUGAACUUUGAGAAGGGGGAGACGAUGGAAGUUUUGGAAAAGCCAGAAAAUGACCCAGAGUGGUGGAGGUGUAAAAACAGUCGUGGCAUGGUCGGUCUUGUGCCCAAGAACUAUGUGGUAGUACUCAGUGAUGGGCCAGCAGCGAAGGGUUUAGGGUCAAGUCACGGCUCCCCUCACAUCAGUCACACAGUUCCUUCACGUACAGGCAAAUUUGCUGGAAAGGAUUGGUACUAUGGUAAUGUGACACGGCACCAAGCUGAGUGUGCACUUAAUGAGAGAGGAGUGGAAGGGGACUUUCUCAUACGGGACAGUGAGUCAUCGCCCAGCGAUUUCUCAAUUUCUCUGAAGGCUGUGGGAAAGAACAAGCACUUCAAGGUGCAGCUGCAGGACGGAGUAUACUGCAUUGGUCAGCGGCGUUUUAGCAGUAUGGAUGAGCUUGUAGAGCACUACAAGAAAGCGCCCAUCUUCACCAGUGAGCAAGGAGACAAACUAUAUCUGGUUAAGCCCCUAGCCUGAAUUUGUCACGGACGUUACCUCUCCCCCUGUGCACCUCUGUUCCCUUCUUUUCUUCUUUUUUCUCUUGCUCCUUUCAGAAGCAACUUCAAGAACUAUUUGACAUUUCAAAGCCCAACAUUGCCUCCACUCCGGUAGGGAGCAGUAGCAACUUAUUCUUUUAAACAAAGAUGUCCGUCCUUGAUGUACAUGCCCUGUUUUUUUUAUGAUUUAGAGUCACUUUGGCGGUUUUGGUAAAGAAAAACAGAAUGGCAUUUCACUGAGUAACAUCUACAGAACUCUCUCCCAGCCUUUGGACAGCUGUUCUUCUGCUCUUCCUGUCUCUGGUUAAUCCACAACCUCAACCCGCAUUACAUCGGUUUACAUUUCUCUGCUCAAAAGAAUUACAGUGUGUAAAUUUGUACUGAAUUAGCAGAGGAGAACAGACUCAUGUGCAUGUCCUUAACCUUGAUCCUUCAAAGCAGGUGAGCAUAUGAAGAGCGUGAUUUGGGGUUUCUCCAUUCAUCGAGCUCAUCCAAAGGCCAUGCAACUUCUCGACGCAUGUUCACGCUGCAGCUGCCUAUCGCAUUACACUGUGUGAAUCUGAAUCCAAACUGAUAAUUGAGAUGACAGUCAGAUUUCACCCUGAAAAAAGCGGUGCUGUCCCAUCCUCUGAGCCUUUACAAACACUGUUUUUGCAUCUGCAGUCCCAUCGUGCAUACAUGAAGACAGUGUUUGGACUUCUCUGCUCCUAUAAAUGUGGACAUACACAGCUUUCCAGGUAUAUCUCUUGGAUCCGAGUCACUUCAGGGUUUCUUCAGAAUCAGGGUACUUCAUAAAGGGAGAUUAAUGCCGCAGUUAUGACCGGCGUUAAAUGAGAUGGGGAGAAAGAGAAAGAGAUUGUAGCUAUUAAGAGUAGUUUCUGUAGACAAGGAGAAAGUUUGAAUGUGUGUCCUUUCAACCAAAUGUGCCACCCACUUCCAGUUCUGCUACUAUUGAUGUCUUAUUGCACCUCACCAACACGUCUUCUCUGCUCUCAGUAACACAUAGUUGAUUGUGAACACUAAUUCAAGAGUAAUAAAACAAUGAUUUUAUUUCUUUACUUUUGUUAAUUACUCAAAGUCUGUUUACCAAUAAGCGUGUUGGUCAAGGGGUUUUCAGAUUUUUUUUUUUAAUCUAUUUGUCUGAAUGUUAUUGAGCAAUGUUAUUUAAUUCCUCUUUCCACUGUAUGUACAUAUAUAAAUAUAUAUUAAAAAAAAAAGAUAUGGUGCAUAUAUGAAUCGUUUAGAUCCAGCAUUAUGGUACUGUAUUGAGGACAGUGUGGUGAGAAUUGAAAUACUUUUGUUCAAUAAAAGUUUUGCAAAAUAACUUAAAAUGA